AUAAUGUACCACAAAGUUGAGGUCGUAAAUGACUGCAAUGAAAAUAUAAUUGUCCAAUUGUAACAUUAAUUUUGAAUGGAAUGCUGCAGUUUUUAAAUCCAAUAGUUUGCAGAUGAGAGCCAAGCCGAUCGCCAAGUGCCUGACGUCUGUGGGAGAAGGUACGAAGGGCUUUGAACUCGCGCGUUUUUGCAGCGAUAAUAAUAAUAACGGUGUGGGCACGAUACAAAGAAAGAGAGAGAGAGGGAGAGUGAGAAAGGAGAAGAUUUCGGGAUUCCGAUGUUAAUGAGGCCCCACCACCAGUGAGCCAAGGGGACCCGUUUUCCCCGCUCGUCGCUGCCCCUCCUCGAUGAAGGCGCGCACGAUAAAAUCGUUCCUCGGACGGCGCCUUCACAGAUGCUAUUCUCGCAGGCUCACGCUCGCAUUCACCUUCGUCAUCGUCACGAUGAUCGCACUGCUCCUUGGUAGUCUCCUGCUACGGCUAUUUGCUCAGGUGUCGACGCAAGAUACGCUCUCCUCGCCGUGGCACUAUUACUGCGAGAGGGGUUUGUGCAAAAAAGCCGAGAUAACGGCCAACGUAACGGCUCCUCUGGCAUUGAGCGUCUGCCAGAUAUUCUGCGGCGAGGCCGGUGGUAUAUGGCCCAAGCCCACGGGCCACGUGUCGGUAGGCAAUUUCGCGGCGAAGCUCGAUCCCGAUCGUAUCGUCCUAAGUGGUGUCGAUGCCCUCGGCGACGCUGGAUCUCUCGUGAACGAGAACGUCGAGAGGCUGAAAAACAACGCGAAAGCAUUGGGCGGAGCCAGACUCGCCGCCGGUGGCUACGGGCUGACCAUCAACGUUGCCGGUCCACUCGGCGAUCAACCUCCUCCCAAGCUCACACUGAAAACCGCCGAGAAUUACACGCUGAAGAUUACGCAGCAGUCAAGCGGACAGCUUCUCGCAGACAUAACGAGUGAAAGCUAUUUCGGAGUACGCCACGCUUUGGAGACCCUUUCGCAGCUCAUUGUCUUCGACGACCUGUACCGAGAAUUGAAAAUUGCGCGCGACGUCUACAUCAGCGAUGGACCAACCUUCCCUUACCGUGGAAUUCUCCUCGACUCGUCUCGCAAUUUCAUGGACAAAGCUUCUAUACUGCGAACCAUCGAGGCUAUGGCCAUGUCCAAGUUGAAUACUUUCCACUGGCACAUCACCGACUCCCACAGCUUCCCUUACGUCAGCCGUACCUUGCCAAAAAUGUCCCUCUACGGUGCUUACACUCCUGACAAGAUUUACACCGAAGCGGAUAUCAAGGAAAUCGUGAGGUUCGGACUCGUUAGAGGUGUCCGUGUUUUGCCGGAGUUUGAUGCCCCUGCUCACGUCGGCGAAGGAUGGCAGUGGGUCGGUCACAACGCGACGGUAUGCUUCAAGUCAGAGCCCUGGCAGAAGUUCUGCGUCGAGCCGCCGUGCGGUCAGUUGAACCCGACCAGCGAAAAAGUCUACGAGAUCAUGGCAGCAAUUUUCACUGACAUGCUCCGCGACUUCAAACCCGACUUUUUCCACAUGGGAGGUGACGAGGUGAACAUAAACUGCUGGAACUCAUCCGGCAUCAUAACCGACUGGAUGCUCAAGAGAGGAUGGGAUCUCUCCGAGGCGAGCUUCUACAAGCUCUGGGACUACUUUCAGACCAAAGCUUACGACAAGCUCACCAAAGCGAACAACGGCGUUGAACUCGAUGCCGUUCUGUGGACUAGUGGUUUGACGAAUGAGGAGAAUAUUAAGCACAUUGAUCCCAAGAAAUACAUUAUUCAGAUUUGGACCACCAAGUUCGAUGCUACUAUUUCGCGAUUGAUUAGGAAUAACUUUAGAGUUAUUUUCUCGAAUUACGAUGCUUUGUAUUUGGAUUGCGGUUUCGGUGCAUGGGUAGGCGAAGGCAACAACUGGUGUACUCCAUACAAAGGAUGGCAAAAAAUUUAUGACAAUUCUCCGAUGCAGAUUCUGAAAAACCAGGGCUUUACUAAUGAAAUUAAACACCUAGUACUCGGCGCUGAAGCAGCUUUGUGGUCUGAACAAGUAGAUAGUACGUCGGUAGACUCGCGUCUCUGGCCACGUUCAGCAGCUAUGGCCGAACGUCUCUGGUCUGACCCGUCCUCGACAUGGAUUCACGCCGAACACCGGAUGUUGAGACAUCGCGAGCGACUUGUUCAACGCGGUAUCCUCGCCGACAGUCUUGAGCCCGAAUGGUGCUUGCAAAAUCAAGGCCACUGCUAUUCGUAAAUCUAUGUGAAAUUGUACGUGCUGCUGCCGUGUGUAUUGUAAUUUGGACCUAUCGCGCGUGCACGAUGAAAGUGGGGGAAAAAAGUGAUUCGGGAUACUAUGUGGGAAGGCUGUGAAUAAGACAUUUUAUGAUACAUACCUUAUAUAAACUUACCUCGGUUUUUCUAACUUUAUAAUUGCUCUUGAUACAUGUUUUUACUAACAAAACAUUUGUAUUCGUAUUUCUUGCAUCGCUCUCUCACACUAAGCUUUUUCAAAUAAAAUCAAAAUAUUUACUAUCAAAAAAUACAUUUAUUAUUUAUACGUGAUCACAAAAUGAAAGGUU